CAGACCAGAGGAACUCAGCGAAGCAUAGAGGAGAUUAGACUCUUACUACUACUACUACUAUCUUCGAACUUGAGAAACCGUAAAACAACACCGUAAUGGCGGCCGUUUACGUCGAUGAGGAGGAGGUCUGGAAAUGUCUCAAACACCCUUCUAAGCGCCGGAAAACCGGCAUCUGCCACAUUUGCCUCCGUGAGCGACUCGCCGCGCUCUGCCCCGAUUGCGGGAACGUCCGCCCGUGCCCCUGCUGCGCCACCACCUCCGACUCUUCUUCCUCAUCCUCCGACGGCGUCCGCGUCGCCAAGAUUCUCGAGAGCGAGCCCUCCUUCCGCCGAUCCCGCUCCGUCGCGAUCCCGUCCUUCCUCCGCUCCAGCUCCCGCUACGUCGGCAGCGGCGGCCGCCGGGUCGACCUCGCUGCUCCCUCCGACCGGCCGCCGAAGACGCCGUCGUUUUGGUCUAACGUCUUCCGCUCGUCGCGGAGGAGCCAGCCCGGAGAUUUCGGCGUGCAACCGGAGCCCGCGGUGAAGAAGUUUGGUGAGAUUGAAGAGGUUAGAGAUGAAGACGAGGCGGCGGAGAUGAGGAGGACGAUGAUGAUGAGAUCGAGGUCGGUGGCGGUACCGAUGGUGUCGAACAAUUCAGGUUCCUCCGGGAAGCCCCCGGUGAAGGGAAGAGGAUGGCAUUUUCCGAGUCCGAUCAAGGCAUUCCGGCAUUCCAAAAUCUCCAAGAUUGGUACUGAACGGUCGCCUGUGUACAGAGGUUAAUAGUUUUUACUAUAAUCAUUUAACAGCAAAGGAAACUCCUACUAAUAAUUUUACUUUUUUUUUUCUCUUCAAUUCUUUUUUGAGUUUGAAAAGGGCAUUUGAUCUUUCUAAUGGUAAUAAUUUCAUUGUAAGCAAGCACAGCUAUCAUGUGCUGCAAAAUUAAGCCAUUUCAAUGAUUGUGAUUAUCUUUGUAAAGUAGUAAUUUUUGGUUAGAGAUUAUUAUUAUUAUUAUUAUUAUUAUUAUUAUUAUUAUUAUUAGAAUUUCAUUAUAAAAGUAGUUUUUUUUUCAGCAAUCAUAAAUCAGGUUGUAAGUGGUAACGCUCUAUGAGAUGUGAAUGUGUCGAGAUUUAGGCACGAAAUAGCGGAUUUUGUUGACGAGUUUGUGUUUAGCAUAUAGCCGUCUUUAUUAACUGGAAAAAAAAUUUGUAGAGAGUCAAAGCUAAUUAGAUCGGUCCACAUGGCACGUGUAUGUAAUAUCAAUCAGUGUGUGUUGAAUGUAAAAAACGAUAGUUUAGUGGUACUAAAGGGUUUGGUUUAAUUUUUCAAAAAUGAUUUUGGUGUACUUUGCAAGUCUUGUCCAGCAAUUAGGGGAUGUGGAUGUCCGUAAGGACUAGCCGACUAGGGUCCCAGCUUUAUGUCAUUUCGUUAGUUAGAGGAUUAGGGGAUGGCACGUAAUGGUGAUUGUGGUGAAGAUGUAAGGUUGGCUUUCGUUUAAGGUCCACGUAUCUUAAAACUUUUCUUUACUCAAUAUAUUAAAGGCAAGUGUUUGGGUUAAGAGGAAGGUUCGGAUGCAGCAGAAAUCAUAUCGACUCAAAAGAUUUGACGUUCUAUGUUUUUUCCUAUCAAAAUGUAGAUAAAACGUCAUUGUAAACUCACUACAUAAUUUUGUAGUUUGAUCGCUCUUAUAGAACGUUGCUAGUUGAAUGUAAUAAUGUAUAUGGAUUCUUGAAACACAGUUACGCAAAUGUCUACUCAUUUCG